AUGCUAAUGAGUGAACAAUCGAACUACGAAAACUUUACAAACGAUUUUCCAUCCGAUCCGAUGUUUAACCCAGAUGUGGAUUGUGUAAACAGUCAUCCAUUGGAAACGGACUCCAACGGCGUUUUUUCCUACAUGCACUCCCAGCAAACUUUUGGCUACCAGCGUCAACAUUAUUAUCCUGACGUCGGUUCUUACGACUAUAGCAGCAUCCGUGCGAAUGGAUCGUCGGAUACCAAUAUUAAUACUCCGAAUAUCGGAAACGCUAGUAAUUAUUUUUAUCGAGCCAACAAUAAUCCUCAUUGGGGUAAUGCUGGCGUGCAUCCAAACGCGAUAAACACAGAACCCGUCAACGUAAACAGUUACAGCAACAACAACAAUAACGGAGCAUCGGUUAAUUAUACUCUGCCCGGAAGGCCUGUGCAAAUGCCGUUUUUCCCUACUUUCUCCAACGAUACUGGCACGAUGCCAAACACUGCAUACGUAAUAUUUGUCGCGCAAGUAGAC